UUUGUACCUUUCUCGCCGCGGCAGCGAAGCGGGCCGGGACCGGCCGGACCAGACCAGAGCGGACCCCGGGGGCGAUGCGGCUGCUGCCCCUGCUGCGGACUGUCCUCUGGGCCGCGCUCCUCAGCUCCCCGCUGCGAGGGGGCUCCGGCCUCCGCCACGCCGUCUACUGGAACUCCAGUAACCCCAGGCUGCUCGGAGGAGACGCAGUGGUGGAGCUGGUCCUCAACGACUACCUAGACAUCUUCUGCCCGCAUUACGAUGGGCCAGGGCCCCCGGACGGCCCCGAGACGUUUGCUUUAUACAUGGUGGACCGGCAGGGCUAUGAGGCCUGCCAGGCCCAGGGGCCGGGCGCCUUCAAGCGCUGGGAGUGCGCCCUCCCUUUCGCUCCCUUUGGUCCCGUUCGAUUCUCAGAGAAGAUUCAGCGCUUCACACCCUUCUCCCUUGGCUUCGAGUUCUUGCCUGGAGAGACCUACUACUACAUCUCGGUACCGGCCCCGGAGAGUUCUGGCCGCUGCUUGAAGCUCCAGGUGUCUGUCUGCUGCAAGGAGAGCAAGUCGGAGUCGGCCCAUCCCGUCGGAAGCCCUGGAGAGAGCGGCACCUCUGGGUGGCAAGGGGGAGGGCCUCCCAGCCCUCUCUGUCUCUUGCUGCUGCUGCUCCCAAUUUUGCGUCUCCUGCGAAUUCUCUGAGCCCAGCGGACCCCUCCUGCCACCCCAGGAGCGACAGCCCUCCCGAGACUCCCUGGAGGAGGGCCCUCAGCAUCAAGCCAGCCAGACGGAUGGAAGAGUGAUGGGGGCGGUCGGAGGGUCCGAGGUGACCUUCCAGGGGCUGGCCCCUUAUCACAGGCUGAAGAGUUGCUGCAGGGAGCUGCACACCGCCCUGCACACACCCCCCCCCGCGCCCCUCCCCUGCCCCCGGAGCCCAGGCAGGACAAACACAGGGUCUCCGUCCGCUGCUUUGAUGUUCUUUGCCCAUCCCCCCAGAAGGACUGGGAUUUUGGUGGGAUGGAAUCCUUGAGCCUGUUGGGGGCCAAGACCGAAGACCCUGGGACAGGUGGAUUGCCAGACCAGGGCAAGGAGGAGGCUGAGGCCUGUGCCCGGCACCCUGGGGGCCACUUCCCUGGGGCAACAUCCCCCCCCACCCUGGGGGGGGGGUGCCACUCGCUUGUCUUCUGUGAAGACAGACUUGCCAUGAGGCUGGACAUCAUGCCAGUUUGUAUUUUUAUAAGUGUCUGGACCAAACCCUCAAUAAACCACCCCCCUUUUUGUUGCUCUGCCCCA